AUGUCGCCGGUCGGUGAUCGGUUUAUCGAAGGCGGGAGAGGAAGUCCGGCGAAAGUGGUAACGGUGUUGGUCGCUGAGUUGGCUGAGGAUGAUGGGUUGUUGGGGGGACAUCUCGUUGGGAGACAUUGGUCGCCCGAAAUCCGAUCAGUUUUGCCGGCGUCAAAUCUCGUCGGAGCUCUGGUUACGUUGUUUCCUACGGUUUAUUUUGCUGGAAAUUCUAGUUUUUGUAAUCACAGAUAUAUAGUGUUCAAGAUUGAUGGUCAGCAAGUUGUUGUUGAGAAGGUUGGCAGAAAUCAAGAGACACAUGAAGAUCUUGCUAACAGCUUGCCUCCCAAUGAAUGCCGCUAUGCUGUUUUUAACUAUGAUUUCACUACUAAUGAAAAUUUCCAAAAGAGCAAGAUCUUCUUCAUUGCUUGGUCACCAGAUACAGCAAGGGUAAGAAGUAAAAUGUUGUAUGCAAGCUCCAAAGACAGAUUCAGGAGGGAAUUCGAUGGUGUGCAGGUUGAAUUGCAGGCUACUGAUCCGAGUGAAAUGAGAUUAGAUACCUUUACUGGCAAAGCUCUCUGA